GGUUCCAUAAUUGUUGCUACAAUUCUUGCUGCCAUUUUUUGUGUGGUCUCUCUUCUUCGUUUCAUGGAGAAUCAUAAGUAUGUCAAAAUUCGUAUAUUUUCCUUGAUAUCCUUUUUAACUGCACGCUGUCUUUUUCUCGACACAUUUUCCAAGAAGUGCUAUCACAGAAUGCAGACGUCACAGAAGGCCGACUUCUUGGUUUGCCUAUGAAUUUGGAGUAACCGUUGCAAUGCCGUCGCCCUGUUCCUAGCCAGUGCGCUUAUGAGAGGCAUUCACCCUCCUGAAAAUAUUCAAAAUGGCAGACAUCAGGGGGUGAUUGCCUCUCAUGAAUGCAGUGGCUAGGAACAUGACGAGUGCGGUUAGGCUUUUCUGGCUGAGUUGGCUUUCUGUAUGGUCUGUAUUCUGUGGUAUUAUCUUCAGAAGUGAGAAUGGAACGUUUCUACAAUAACCCCAAAAUUUUAAAUUUUGGAUAUUUUAUGAAAUUAUUUGACAUUCAAAAACGGACAUUUUGUUCAAUUUGAUUUUGCGUGAUCAUAUCUGACGAAGCUGUUUGAAAUUCACUAAAGUUGAGCUUGAACAAUUCAUUUUGACAUUGUACUGAUUUCUAGCGCUUUCUUUUCAGUGUUUAGUGUUUGAAUUAGCUGAUACAUGGCCUUGAAUGUCCUUGAAAAGUUCGACUUGACUUGGCUCUCACUAAUAUGCAACGAACCCUGCAUUAGUUUUGACUUUUGACAGUCGUAAAUUUGUACUUCAUGCGUCAUUCAAACGAAUAUAUUCCGGUUUCCUCUGCAGGAAUUACAUGCUAAGGAUGUUCAAAGGAGAUAAGUUAUUUAUACCAAAAAAAAUCAGUGCAUCACAGUUUAUGAUUGUAAGUUGAACGAAAUACAUUGACAUUCCUGUUUUGAACGUGAUAUAGGAAGUUAAAAUAGAAAAAUUUACUAACCGCUUGAAAGAGCAUCUCAAAAUUAUUAGGUAUAUAUACAAAGUUCGUUUCUUUUUGUUAGGGGAAAGGUCUGAGAUAUCCUAGUUAUCAGAUUGGCUACUUUUUGUGGGGUAAGUCUUCCUUAGGGAAUGGUCAUUAUGACAGGGGUUGGCACCGAAGAGAAAUGUUUUCCUUGGUACAAAUGUUGCUGAUCCAACCAUUAAAUAGUAAAAAAAAUUACCCAACAUGGCAGUAUACCCCCAAAAAACUUUUUUCAUAUUUUUUAAUUAUACACGUUUCCACAAUAAAUUACAAACAUUAAUUACAAGAGUUACAAGUUGAAAUACUAUAAGGAGAAGUUAAUAUAAAGGUGUUGAUCGUGCGCAGUGGCCAAAGUAGCUGCAUGCUUUCGAGUUGGUCACUGCCUACGUUUAAUUACUAUUUAAAAUUAGGACGGUAGGUAAUUAGAUAGAUAAUUAAGUCUCCACAUAAGAAAGAAUUACUGAUCUAUUUAUACUUGUGUUUGUGAAAUGAGCGAAGAUUGACUAUAUGUUUUCUUAAAUAAAUAAAUUGAUUUAGAUUGUUUAAUUUUAUUAUCGAUGGUCUCCCAGAUUUUUGAUGAAGUAAAUAAAAAUGUUUGAGUUCCCAUGAGUAUCUCUGUACAGUAGCUCAGUUGGUCAGAGUGCUGUACCGAAAUUGCAGGGCCGCAGGUUCGAUUACAGUUGAUUUCACGAAACUUUGGCCGCGCCAGUUGCGAGGUUGGUAGGGAAUUUGGGAACUAUAAACACGAGAUCAUCAAGUUGAUUGGAAACCGGCCAAUCAAAUUCGGAAGUUUCGCAUCAAAUUAUCGAAAUUCGUUAUGAAAUUCCGAACCAAGUUCGCAAAUUGCAAACGAUUUUGACGGUAAAUUUUAAAAACUAAACUUAUUGUAUUAAACUUAUUAUAAUUUUAAACCUGAAAUUAUUAUUAUUAUGAUAUUAUUUAUUAUUAAAUGAAUAAGUUUAAUACAAUAAGACUUAGUUUAGUUUUUAAAAUUUACCAUCAAAAUCGUUUGCAAUUUGCGAACUUGCUUGCGAACUUGGUUCGGAAUUUCAUAACGAAUUUCGAUAAUUUGAUGCGAAACUUCCGAAUUUGAUUGGCCAGUUUCCAAUCAACUUGAUGAUCUCGUGUUUAUAGUUCCCAAAUUCCCAACCAACCUCGCAACUGGCGCGGCCAAAGUUUCGUGAAAUCAACUGUAAUUCCUGCCAGGGACCUAUGGUUCCUGUUUAGGUCUAAUAAAUAUAUAUAUAUAUAUAAAUUUACACUCGAUAAUUUUUAUCUACAAGACCCUUCAACACUUUUACUAUACCCUUGUUUUCAUUCUAGGGUACUUUUUGCUCCUCUUGCUGUUCUUUGUUAUCUGUUGUGGUCUUUACGCCUUGAUUACAUACAAAAUCAUUCAAGAUUAUGUCGUGAAAUUCAUUAAAGGAGGAGGGUAGGUGAAUCUGUAUGUAUGAUAAGCAUUAUACUGUCUACAACAUUUUGAUUGAAAAACGGCAGAACAUUAAAAAGUCUAAAAUCAGUGGUCUUUUCAAAAGUCCCAAAUCAUUAUUAGAAUCUCAAAUAAUGAGAAUUAUUAGAAUCUCAAAUAAUGAGACUUAUUAGAACUGAAAUAAUGAGAAUUAUUAGAAUCUCAAAUAAUGAGAAUUAUUCGAAUCUCAAAUAAUGAGAAUUAUUAGAAUCUCAAUUAAUAAUGAGAAUUAUUAUACAUUUAAUAUGUAUUCUCGUUUCUAAUUGGUCAGAAAGCACCGGCUAAUUUUCAGUAUUCGGCAUUUAUUACGUAUUUUUCGCCGAUGACGUCAUCAGCGUCCAAUAAUUGUUUUUUUGGAUCGAACUUGCAUCCAAAAAAAAAAUUAUUGGACUCUCUCGUGCCCAAACCCUUGCGCGGCCAAAAGCUUGAACCUAUAAGCGCGCGAAAAAAACAAACAAACAAUGGCCUACAGCAGAUUUGCUUCGCUGAAUGAAAGUGAACUCUCCGAAUUAUUGGCAGAUAAGGAUAGUGAAAGCACGAAAAAAGCCACAAAGGGGUAAAUAGAAGUAGAAAUAGAAUAUUUAGCUGACCUUUGACUUUGUGCAAGGUGUUUGGUAUUCAAAUUGUACUUUUCCUACCUCAUGAACAGGAAGCGUUUUAUACGUUUCUCAUGUCUUUAAAUGUAUAAUAAAACAAUUAUUGGAUUCGGCUUUCGCAUGAUAUCAAGAAUUAUUCAGACCUCGGUCUAUGUUAUCCGCCUCAGCUUCGCUUCGGCAGAUAACAUUGACCUCGGUCUGAAUAAUUCUUGAUAUCAUGCUCAGCCUCAUCCAAUAAUUGCUUAUUAUUAGAAUCUCAACUAAUGAAAGUUAUUGGAACUCAAAUAAUGAGAAUUACUAGAAUUUCAAAUAAUGAGAAUUAUUGAAAAUGUAAUCCCACAUGAAAAUGAGGCCAUAUUGGGCAAAGUGCAAUAAACGGUAUAGUCUAUUAUGUUAAGAAGUCGUUCUACUCCUGAAAGCCAUCCCAUAUGUUCAAUAUUUUAGUGUUGUUGCUGGUGUGGCUGUUUUGUCUGGUUUAUCAUUGCCAUUAGCUUCAUUCACGGUAUUCCGAGAUUACACUUACUCUAAAGACAUCAUAUCUGUAAAUAACAGGUUUGUGUCUACUUCACGAAUUAAAAUUGAGUAGAAAUUUAUAUUCCAAUAUCUCUAGUUUGUACCAUUGUUUGUACAUUAUCAGGCUUUUGAACGAUGUGUUGUUAUGUUUAACAAAUAUAAAACAUUUUCCGUGUUGAUAUACAGUUAUAUCAACACGAGUGGAAUUGGGAAAACGAGAAAUUGUAUGGAAACACGACGCCCGAAGGGCGGAGUGUUUUCAUACAAUUUCGAGUUUUCCCAACUUCCACGAGUGUUGAUAUAACUAUAUAUCAAUACGGAAAAAAUGUUUUAUAUUUUACUUAUAAUAUAGCAAUGUCAAAAGCCCGAAGGAUAGGAAAAAUUUCCGUGUUUACAAGCGGCGGAAAAUUUCCCGUGUUGACAUUGAGUUAUAUCAACACGGCUCUUAGCCAAUCAGCGUUCAGAAUUUACAAAUGCUAUAUUAUGAAUUCAUAUUGUAACCAACCUUUUUUAUACGAGAUAUCUCCAUUUCUCUUUCGAGUCCGUUGACCUCGUCAGAUCUUGUUGACAAGCUGCGAGAAUGUUACGCGUUGCUACACACACAGAAAUCCCACAUCUUGUAGCAAGUCUGCCAACAAGUUGUCAACAAGUUGUGUUCGCACUGGUUGUCCCAAGUUGUCAACAAGUUUGGAACAACUUGUAACAACCUUAUCGAUAUUAUCAGACUUGUUGUAAGGUUGUUCCAACUGAACAAGUCCGAUACAGCCAUGAUAUAACAGUAUUGUAACAACCUUGUGUCGUCAACCUUGUAACAUUCUUGUUACACCAUGACUGUAUCAGACUUGUCAGAGCAACCUUGUUACAAGUCUGAUAAUGCCAUUAAGCUUGUUACAAGUUGUUAACAGCUUGUUCCAAACUUGUUACAACAACUGGGAACAAGCAAUGCGAACACAACUUGUCGACCGCUUGUGAACAGAUUUGUAACAACUUGUUUGCAGACCUAUAACAACUUGUGCGUGUGUGACUGAAUCAAAAUUAUAAUCAGCAUAGUGCACUUCUUGAUUACACACUUCGUAACACUUCGCAGACGAGGGAUCCAGUACUCCUUUCUGAUUUCUGUCAUAACAAGUCCCACUCCCCCAUGCAAAGUUCGCACAUGAGCAUCCAUCACCAGCUUUUCUGUAAGUGUUGACUUGAAACACUGCAUGUGAACAUUCUUGAUUUUCCCUCCAGAAAUGUAUACAUGGUGUUCUCGUAUUUCUGGUUUUUCGUUGGACUUCCCAUGGGUUUCUUCUCCGCCAUAUCUCGGAUCUUGAAGGCAAUGGUCGUGGGUGCUCUGAUGUUGCCAAGAAUUGAUCAUAGUGUCAUGCCCGAUGGCUUUCAACAGAUUGAUCAAGGUAAUCCAAUAGACAUAAAUGGUAUAAACUACUGUAAGUCAAAAACAAUGUGUGAUUAGAUGACAUGGAGAACAGCAGGUUUCAUCAGUGCUAAUAAAAAUAUUGGCACUGAUGAAGGACUGAUUUGCAUACAGUACCCAAAACACAAGAUGGAUCCAAGCUAUAACGUUUCUUUUUAAUUUUUUUUCCAGGUUUCAAUGCGUACAUUUGUUAUCUUCACGUACAAACAGCUUAUAGAAACCCAAUUCUUCGUGUUUUCUGUCAAAUGUUGAGCGAUCAAACUCGUAAGUGCUUAUCACGUCCUCUAUUGAAGCCAUGAGAAAAGUAGUAGUUGAG